CUAUAAAUACUUGGUUGAGCUCCUCGACCCCAAUCACUGGUUUGGACAACACAGAGACAACAACAAUGAUAGCUUUGCUGCUGCUGGCGCUGGUCGCUCACUCCUUUGCUCUGCCUCUGCCGUCUGGGGACACAGACAACUGGCUUUUAGCAGAGAAAUACCUACGUCGGUUCUAUGACCUUCCAGCUGGUCUCCAAAGUCGACAAAGGUCAUCUGAUGCAUUUCGGGACAAGAUCAGGGAGAUGCAGAGCUUCUUCAAACUCAAGGUGACAGGAAAUCUGGAUGACAACACUCUGGACCUGAUGAAACAAGCCAGAUGUGGCGUCCCAGACAUCGGGGAGUACAACCACUUCCCUAGACACCUCAAAUGGCCAAAUAACAAUGUCACAUUCAGGAUAUUGAAUUAUACACCAGAUCUGAAGAAAUCGGAUGUUGACAGAGCCAUCCGCAACGCGCUGAACGUUUGGGCCGAUGUCACCCCCCUGACCUUUAAGAAGCUGUAUGAGGGCAACGCUGACAUUAUGAUCAGUUUUGGAUCAAGAGAGCAUGGAGACUAUAACCCUUUUGACGGGCCAAAUGGAUUGCUGGCUCACGCCUACCCACCUGGCCAAGGCAUCGGAGGAGAUACUCACUUUGAUGAGGAUGAAGACUGGACCAAAGAUUCAUCAGCUUACAACCUAUUCAUAGUGGCAGCCCAUGAGCUGGGCCAUGCCCUCGGUAUGUCCCAUUCCUCAGAUGCGGGUGCCUUGAUGUACCCCGUCUACUCGUAUUCUACAGGCUACCCGCUGUCUGAAGAUGAUAUUGAAGGCAUUCAAGCUCUCUACGGCCCAAACCCAAACCAAAAGAGAGUGAAGCCAAAGCCUGACGCACCUGACAAAUGUGACCCCAUGUUGAGUUUUGAUGCUGUCACAGAGCUCAGAGGAGAGACCAUUAUCUUCAAAGACAGAUUCUACUGGCGUAUCCAUCCUCAGAUGCCGGAGCCUGAGCAGACACUGAUCAAGUCCACAUGGCCCUCCAUCCCCAACAAGGUGGAUGCAGCAUACGAGAACCCAGAGAAGGAUCUAGUCAUCAUAUUUAGUGGUAUCCGAAUGUGGGCUUUGAAUGGAUAUAACCUUGUUGACGGUUACCCAAAGUACAUACACAAACUUGGACUUCCCAAGAAAAUAAGGAAAGUAGAUGCUGCCGUGCACAUCAGAGACACUGGGAAAACUCUAAUCUUCACUGAUGAGGACUAUUGGAGCUACGAUGAAGCAACAGGUACCAUGGACAGCGGCUACCCGCGAUCCAUCGAGGAAGACUUUCCUGGGAUGGAUGAUGAAGUCGAUGCUGCCGCUUAUCACUACGGAUACUUGUAUUUCUUCCAUGAACACAUACAGUACGAGUACAGUUACACCUCGAAGAAGGUCAUCCGCAUCCUGAGGACCAACUCCAUUCUCAACUGCUGAUCAGGGGCUCAACAUGGGCUUAACAAUACAUGUCGCUGCAAAGCUCACAACACAUCUUCACAAUACACAAAAUAUACACAAACACACGUGUUAGAAAUGAGACAUAGGAAGUUGCAGCUGACUGACGGAGCAAAUGAAGACAUGCAGGGUAGAGCUGACCUGUUACAGUUAAACCAGUGUUUGUUUCUUUUUUAUUUUUACUAGUGCUGGACACCUGUAGGUCAUAUAAUUUGUCAGACACAGAAUGCUGGAGAAUUCCUCUGAAUAUAUAUUUCCUUAGAUUAUAGCUAUUUAUUUUACAUCUCUAUAUUUGUACUACAAGUUUACAGACAUGCAAGAUCCUUGGCCGGUUAAGCUUCUUGUCAAGAACAGAUAGUUUCAUUAUUUGACUUAUUGUUUCUCUAAAUUCGGUAACACAUUCCAACAAAGACUUUAGCAGUUUAAUAUAUUCUGUGUUUGUUUUGAAAAUUACGAUAAAAGCAGAGAAAUUCCAGCAGGAUUAAUGAUCUUGGUGUUACAGAGCUGAAUGUAAAGUAAUGUUGUCCCAUGUAGUGACAUUUUGAGGGAGCUCCGACACACAAGAUGACAUUUCAAGAAUCCAAACUCUGCAGAGCUUUUGCAUAUUGAGUAUGCCAAAGAUGAGGUUAACACUUGGAUGGGACCAUGUCUGAAAGAUCUACUUAUGCAAAUCUGAGUUACUGCUUUUAAUAAAUGUCACUGAUAUAUCUUUGACAUAUUUGACGUAUGUGAAUUUUCUUGUCAGUAUGUUUAAACACGUGUGGAAAUGAUUUAUUAAAUAAAAUGCAAGUAAAUUAAGCAAA